AUCUUCUCAAUGAUGAUGAUAAACCUUUUCAUGAUUUGAAUCCAUUAUUAAAGGACCCCUUAAGAAGGGGUAUGCAUUAUGUCUUUUCAACUUUCAUUCAGGUCACAAUCAGUCUCAAACACGAACCAAGCUUCGACAUUAUCAUCACAAAGAAUAUCAGAAGAACCAUUACCAACCAAAACAGCACAAAGCACAGUUACAUGCAUCUACCAUGCCAGCCUUGCAGGCCAGUGGAGACAUAUAUCGGUCUUAUGGUGCAAAAACCUUAUGAAUCAUACGUUAAACCUCAAGAUCGACAGCGCGAGAGGCGAUCACUUUCUAUACAAUUGCAAAAUCGAUGUUAAGCCGUGGUACUUUUGGAACAAGAAAGGUUAUAAGUCAUUGGACGUGGACGGAUAUCAAAUCGACGUGUAUUGGGAUCUACGAUCGGCUAAAUUCUGUGGAAAUUGCCCUGAACCGUAUGGCGAUUACUAUGUUUCUUUAGUUUGCGACGACGAGGUUGUUUUGUUGUUGGGAGAUUACAAGAAAAAGGCUUACAAGAGAAUGAAAAUGAAACAGACACUUAUUGAGGCAACACUGUUGGUUAAAAGAGAGAAUGUUUUUGCAAAGAAGAGUUUUUCGACAAAGGCAAAACUUGACGAGAAGAGAAAAGAGAGUGACAUUGUGGUUGAAAGUUCAACUGUUGGCAAUAAAGAUCCUGAAAUGUGGAUAAGCAUUGAUGGGAUUGUUUUGGUUCAUGUUAAGAAUUUGCAGUGGAAGUUUAGAGGGAACAAAACUGUUAUGGUUAAUAAACAACCUGUGCAUGUGUUUUGGGAUGUUCAUGAUUGGUUGUUUAGUGUUUCUGGGUCUGGGCCUGGGCUUUUUAUCUUCAAGCCUGGGGUCACAAAAGUUGAGAGUGAUAAAGAAGAAAGAGGAAUGGAAAGUUGUGAGAGUGAUGAUGGUAGUGCUACUAGUGGUUAUUAUUCGACUAAAAGUCAUACUCCUUUCGAGGCUUGUCUUGUUCUCUGUGCCUAUAAACUUGAGUAAUAAGUUAUAAGGCAGAGACGAGAUCAGUUUCAUGUUUAUAAGAUAGCGACGCCACCAUGAUUGCCACCGUGAUUUUAGAUUGCGAUUGUGGUAAUGCUGUGAACUCUUAUAAUGCGGAAAAUAUGGGAAAAUGCAGCUGAUACGGUUGAAUUUGAGGAUGUAACGUUGUGGGCUGUAAUUUAAAACCACGGUGGCAACUAGGAGAAACAUUGUAUAGUUUUACUUUCUUUUUUGAGAUUAAUGGAUAUGAGCAAUAUUGGUUUUGAAAGUGAA